AUGCCGGUGAUGAGUUAUAGCGCAUGUGCAAAAGUCAUUGUCAAUGGAGUGCAUGUUCCUGAUUUCCACUAUAAACCUAUUAUUGGGACGGACUCAUUCUCGGUUGGUGUUCCUGUGAAUGGUUCUUUACAUUGGUUAGCUCAUAAAUGUUCAGAAGAUUCUCCAUAUGUCAAAUUAUAUGUUAUUUGUGCAUUUGAUGUAACAAACGAGAAAUUCCGGGAUCUAUUGGUACCAUGCCCUUUGCACAAGUCAAGUGAUUUUUUGGUGGUUAUUGGAGGGUGUCUUGCUAUGCUUGUAUGUCCUGACUAUGGCGAUAUUAAUGUUUGGGUGAUGAAGGAGUAUGGGGUGACUGAUACUUGGACCAAAUUUUUAACAAUCAAUUCGUGGUCAUAUUGUCGAACCCCGGUUAUAAUUUCUAUGGUGGAUGGGAUGGUUCGGCUGGAUAUAGAUGGCAACGAAUUGGUUGCAUACAAUUCUGAGGAAGUGGAAUCAAGGUAUAUAAGGGUGCAUGGCAUUCCGUCGAAGUUUAGAGCAAAGAAGACCCGUGUGGAGAGCCUUAUCUCGCCCAAUUACGAACGUUAUGAAGGCAUUGAAAACUCGAGAAAGAGGUAA